AUCAUGCUGGCCAAUCAAACGCAGUCUUGUAUCAUAAGAGUAGAGGAAGGAUGAAGAUUCUGUUCAUUCAGUACAAGAGUUCAAACACCAUGACUUCUGCACUCUUUGUCUGCUCUCUGAUAUGUUUGUUCUUGGGGCAAAUGGCUCAGGAGACUUCUCAGGAAGUGUCCGUCCAUCAAGAGAGACGCUUUGUGUCGGCUGAACUUGGACACACUUUGACUCUGCAAUGUUUCUAUGAAGGGGAUGAUUCAGCAUGGCUUUACUGGUACAAACAAAGUCUGGGUCAGGCACCCAGGCUCAUCUCUACGUUCUACAUGUAUAAUACAAAGAUCACUUUUCAGGAUGAAUUCAAGAACAGCCGCUUCACAAUAAGAACUGGAAACAGAACACAUCACUUAACUAUAUCUGAUCUACGUAUUUCAGACUCAGCCACGUACUACUGUGCAUGUAGCUAUACAGUUGUCAUGAGUUUCACGGAGGGCACCAUCGUCCAUGUGAAGGGUUCAGGUUUGAGCGUCCCAGCUUUGGUUCUUCAGUCAGAAUCUGAGACCAUCCAGCCAGGAGGCUCUGUGACUCUGAACUGUACCGUCCACACUGGGAGCUGUGAUGGAGAACACAGUGUGUACUGGUUCAAAGACUCUGAAGAAUCUCAACCAGGACUUAUUUACACCCACGGAGGCAGGAGUGAUCAGUGUGAGAGGAAACCCAACACAGAAACAAAUACCUGUGUCUACAACUUCCCUUUAAGGAGCCUGAAUUCUUCUCAUGCUGGGACCUACUACUGUGCUGUAGCUUCAUGUGGACACAUUCUGUUUGGAAGCGGGACCAGGCUGGACUAUCAAUAUAACGGGGACUCUCUUGUCUUGGUGUAUAUCUUGAGUGGAGCUCUAACAAUCACCACCAUCCUGGUUGUUUUACUGGCUAUCACUGUAUACAAGAAAAUCAAGGCCAACCCCUGCCAAUGUACAGAGUCUCACCCAAGAUUUUCAUCUCCGUCGACUGGAGACUCAGAGGGUUGCAGAGACACCAGCAACCUCCAUUAUGCCGCUCUGAGUGUUCAUCAGCCCAAAAGAUCAAGUAGACAGAGGAACAGCACAGUGGAUGAUUGUGUGUACUCCAGUGUGAAGCUCUAGAAAUACACAUCAUGUCUGUGUGUUUUGUGCAUUUAAAGUUAAAGUGAUUGCACAUGUUUGUGUUAUUUAUUGUGUGUUAUUCAUUUAGAAUAGAGGACAGUGCACAUUAAUAAACAUGGGCAGGGAGAUAAUGUCCGUUCCUAGUCCCCGGCAGGUUGGUGGUUCACAUAUAUAUGAAUGUACAGCGAGCAUGUGGCAGUGAGAAGCUCUACCUGUCUUCACAGUCCUUCAUAUUAGAACUAUUUACAAGAUGUGUCAAGUGGAAAUG